AUGUCUAUAAACACAACACAGGCAGCUUUUGCCUACGAAGAGCCGCCCAUUGCCACGAUUCUCAACCAAGCGGGCCUGCUUCUCGUGCUGAACAUCGUCAAUGUCUGCCUUGAUAAGCUUCUCUAUUGCGGGCUGAUCGGUCAGCUGUUUAUUGGCAUUCUCUGGGGCUCUCCAGGAGCCAAAUGGAUCAGUACUGAUCUCGAACAUGUUAUUCAACAGUUAGGGUAUCUUGGUUUGAUUAUGCUGGUCUAUGAGGGUGGUUUAUCAAUGUCCAUCAAAGCAUUAAAAGCCAACAUCAUUGUGUCAAUUGCGGUUGCACUUACUGGAAUCCUGACGCCGAUUGCCCUAUCAUUUGUGUUGAAAGAGCUUGUGUCAGCAAGUUCCCUCCAGGCCUUUGCUGCCGGUGCUGCCCUCAGCGCGACCAGUCUUGGCACUACGUUUACUAUCCUGUCUACAACCAACUUGAUAUCUACACGACUGGGUGCAGUGACUACCUGCGCCGCCAUGCUUGACGAUGUUGUGGGUUUGGUGAUGGUGCAGGUUAUUACGAAUCUAGGUGGAAGCAACACUACAUUUGAUCCUAUCACUGUGAUUCGGCCUGUCUUCGUAUCCGUUGGCUUUGGAGUAGGCGUAUUCAUUCUCUGUUACUUUUGCUUAAAGCCGAUUUCGAAGAUUCUUAUGACAAAAGGAAACCAAUUUCCAGCAUUCAUGCAGACCGCCCAGUCUGUUUUCCUAGCCCACACAACGAUACUCGUGGGAAUGGUUGCUGGGGCCACAUAUGCUGGCACAUCAAGUCUAUUUGCCGCAUAUCUUAGUGGUGUUAUAGUGAAAUGGUUUGAUGAGUGCUCUGCAGAGCCUGAAUUACAUCAAGAAGGCGUGAGAUCCGGAGUUUCCGGAUCUAGUAUCGAUCACAAUCACGCUACUCUUCAAGAAGAUGGUCUUCAAGCAGAAGGCCGCCCCGCUGAGCAUGCAUCAUCAAGCGCGUCGUCUGCAAUGCACAAGAACCAUGAAAUCCCGACAGGUGAAAUGAUCUAUGAAAAAUACUACAGAGGCCCAGUUGACCGCAUCUUAAUUCCGUUCUUCUUUGUGAGUCUAUCAAGUUAUACUUCUCAUUCUGCGAAAAGAGACUAA